CUGGGUCCUUUUCGGGCUCAGGGGAGCAUUUCAGGGCAGGAGCGCAGGCUGUCCUGGAUCGAGGCCAGAGGGCUCUGCAGAAGGAGGUCCCGCUGGAGAAUCUCAGGAAGUAGCUUAUCUCCGGGUAAAGAACAGAACGGUAAGAACAGUCGGAAAACAACUAAGUUUGAAACAGGAAAAAAAGACCUUUGGAAAUCAAAGAAGACCAAAAAAGAGCUCAAAAUGACCCACACAGGGGAGAGACCAUAUAAAUGUAUGGAAUGUGGAAAGAGUUUCAUUCGGAGUGGACACUUAAAUUCACACCAGAGGAUCCACACCGGUGAGAAACCAUAUAAGUGCACAGAAUGUGGCAAGAGCUUCAGUUACAGUGGAUCAUAUAUUAUACAUGAAAGAAGUCACACAGGGGAGAAACCCUACAAAUGUAUGGUGUGUGGAAAGACCUUCAGUCAGAGCGGACACUUACAUAAUCAUCGAAGGACCCACACAGGGGAGAGACCGUAUCAGUGCCUGGAAUGUGGGAAGAGCUUCAGUGACAGUUCAUCAUAUGCUAAACAUAGAAGAAUCCACACAGGGGAAAAACCAUAUACAUGUCCGGAAUGUGGGAAGAGCUUCAGUCAGAGUGGAUCAUAUACUAAACAUCAAAGGACCCACACAGGUGAGAAACCCUAUAAAUGCAUGGAAUGUGGAAAGUGCUUCAGUCAUAGCAGUGCCCUUAGUUCACAUCAAAUGACCCACACAGGGGAGAAACCCUAUACGUGCAUGGAAUGCGGGAAGAGCUUCAGUCACAGCAAUGUCCUUAAUUUACAUCAAAGAACACACACUGGGGAGAAACCAUACAGAUGUGAGGAAUGUGGAAAGAGCUUUAGCCGCAGUGCACAUCUCCGUUCUCAUAAAAAAAUGCACACAGGUGAGAAACCAUACACGUGUAAAGAAUGUGGGUUAACUUUGAGUUGGAGUGGAGACCUAUGUUCACAUCAAAUGACCCAGACAAUGGAGAAGCCUUACACGUGCAUUGACUGUGGGAAGAGGUUCAGCCAAAGCAGUAGCCUUCGUUCACAUCAACGGACUCACACAAGUGAGAAACCCUAUAAAUGCAUGGAAUGUGGAAAGAGGAAGAAGUUGGAUGAGGAGGAGGAAGAAGGGGGCACAGGGGAGAUGAUGAUUCUCCACACCCCUUCUGCUUUGCCUUUCCUCUGUGGGCCCUGA